GAGUUUCGACCGUUGAAAUUGAUUUCGAUGGGGCCUUGUGACGAUUUAGUUGAUUAGCCAUGAUAAUUUUGACACUGCCAUGAUCAUUUGAAUAUAGAAGAUCAAUAUAAUCAGAUGUCAAAAUUAGGCACCAUCGAAGUCGAUUUCAACGGUCGAAACUCAUUUAGAGUCAAGCCCCUGGUUCAGUUAAGAUAUUGAGAAGUGAACCCACCUCUAGGUGAAGCUAUUAACGAAUUUGACAUCUGUUGACAUUAGACGUCAAAAAAUGUGGAGAUCAAAUCAAAAAUCAAAACAAUGAAGAGGUGUAAAAUAAUUUUUCAACUAGAAAGAAUAUCUGAAAUAUUAUGACUGAAAAUAUAGACAGUUUGUAUUCAAAAUGAGAGUUUGAUAUAGCCAGAUGAUAAGAAAUGGACAAUUCCACAAAAUACAUAACAAUUAGUGUAGCUGCCUUUGUAUGUUACUGCAAUACAUUAUGGGGCACUUUUGUGUUUGAUGACAGUGAGGCAAUUGUGAAGAACAAAGAUGUAAUGCUGCAUACACCACUGAGAGAUAUCUUUAGAAAUGACUUCUGGGGGACAGAUAUCACUCUGAAUAUUAGUCAUAAAAGUUAUAGACCCCUCACUAUAUUAUCUUACAGGUUAAACGUCCUUUAUUCGAACAACAAACUGGAUGCGUUUCAGUUCCAUGCAACCAAUGUCAUCCUCUAUGGCGUGUUGUGCCUGAUCACCGUCACUGUCUUCGAACUCUUCCUCAAAAAGUCGAAAUAUGCGACGAACGUACACGAUAUCGCGUACUACUCAGCACUGCUGUUCACUGUACACCCUGUACACACAGAGCCUGUGGCUGGUCUUGUCGGGAGGGCGGAUAUCCUUAGCUCGGUGCUAUUCUUUUUGGUAUUAUUGAUGUACCAAAAAUACAGAAAUGCGACUGGAGAAAUUGUUUUAUUUUGGUUCGUUAUGUUUAUACUGAUGACAGGAUGCGCCGUAUUGUGCAAAGAAACUGCAAUAUCUAUCUUGGGAAUGUUGAUUAUCUACGACAUAUACAGGGAGAAGCGUAGGUCAACGUCGUGGUGGGAUUUGCUGACAUUUUGGAACCUUUUAAAAUAUAUGACAAUAAUAUCAUGCGGACUAGUUAUUAUGUACUACCGUUUUAAGGUAAUGAAUUUUGAAGGGCCAAUCUUCACUACCAAUGACAAUCCCGCCGCAUUUUCCGAUAGUUUCAUUACUAGGCUGUUCACCUAUAACUACUUGUACUUGUUGAAUUUCCUGUUACUGUUAUGGCCACAAUGGUUGUGUUUUGAUUGGUCGAUGGGAUGUGUACCUUUGAUUGAGUCACUUUGUGAUAAACGUGUGAUUUUCGUUAUCUGUUUUUGGAUCGUAACAGCUUAUGCUGCGUAUACUUUGUUUAAGAAGAAUCUAGAUAAUGCUGUAUUAGAUGCAAGAAUAAUGGGUGUUAGUUUAAUGUUGCUGCCGUUCUUACCUGCGUCAAACAUCGUCUUUACAGUUGGUUUUGUUGUAGCUGAAAGAACGUUGCUGUUACCCAGUGCUGGGUUUUGUCUUCUAGUCGUUAUAGGAUUAAAAAAAUUGGAAAGAAAGUAUCAUGAUAACAGGAAGGUAUUUCUGAUAUUAUUCUAUCUCCUCCUUCUGAUAUUCGCUUUACGCACAAUACAAAGAAAUUCUGAAUGGCUAAGUGAAGAAAAAUUAUUCACAUCUGCUCUGGAAGUAUGCCCACUGAACGCUAAAGUUCACUAUAACAUCGCUAAAAUAGCUGCUGAUAAAGGAAAGAAAGAUCUCGCUUUGGAGGAGUACAAGAAAGCUUUGGAGCUUAAUACAAACUACGAACAAGCCAUGAAUAAUUUAGCUAAUUUACUAAGGGAAGACAGGAAGUUUCAGGAAGCUGAAGUGCUUCUGCGAAAAGCGUUAGAAGUCAGGCCGAAUUUUGCUGCUGCGUGGAUGAAUUUGGGUAUUGUGUUGACUAAUCUCAACAAAACUGGAGAAGCUGAAAAUUGUUAUAAGACUGCAAUCAAGUAUAGGAGUAAAUAUCCGGACUGUUACUAUAAUCUUGGAAAUUUGUACCUAGACAUGAAACAACACGAAGAGGCUUUGAAAGCAUGGGAAAUGUCAGUGUUCUACCGUCCUUCCCACACAGCAGCUUGGAGCAACGCAUUAGUGCUCUUGGACAACAUGAAACGCUACGAAGAUGCUUUGCGUCUGGGCCAAAAAGCAUUGCAUCACAAUCCUACCUCGGCGGCGUUGCAUUUUACAUUGGCAAACACCCUGGGAAAAGUGCAGGAGUUCGAAAAAGCGGAGAAGCACUUCUUGGAGGCGAUUCAGUUGAACCCGACCAGCGGAUUGUAUUGCUCAAAUUUAGGUGUCUUGUAUCAUCGCUGGGGCAAGAUAGAAAAAGCUAAAGAGAUGUAUAAAAAGGCAUUGGAAAUAGAUCCAACUUUAAAAACAACUGAAAUGAAUCUGAAAAGACUCACAAACGCUAAGCUGCAGCAUUCGUGAUGAAGCAGGAGGAAGAUUUUUUGAAAUUGCUUUUUGAUGCUCACAGGGAUAAUACAUGAAAAUAAGGUUCGUAUUCAUUUCAUAUUAUACCCCAGUUUUUUAACAGCAACAAUUAAAAUUUUCAUUAUGGAAAUACCUUAUGAUACCUGAUACAUAGUUUUGAUUGGAAUCAGGUUGGUCGUAGAUAAUAUGUCUUUAUCUUUACAUUCAUUUCACAGAUAAAAACACAUCUAUAAAACCAUGUUAAGAUCUACAAUUUGAUGUAGUACGAUUCCAACAAUAAAAUCUCUGCGAAUUUCAAGAAACAAAAUAAAAGGACAAUAAAUGUGUAUGUUUGUGUGUUCCUCUUUGUGUGUACGAAGUCUAUUUAUUUCUAUAUAAUUUUUGUGUGUAACUCUAUACAAAUAUAUAUUUAUUGACAUUUUA